UUGAGUUGACAAUGUAUGCUUGAUACAUAACAAAUGAAAUGUUUUACUCGUUAGAAAAAUCUUAUAAAUUGUGAAAUAUUAAAACUGGAUUGUUAAAGCAUAGAUAUGGAGCAAGAAAGUCUGAAUGUUGGUUCUGAUGAGGAUUACAAAGUGUUUUGUAAUUCGUGUAAAAACUUCGGAAAACAAGUUCCCGCAAGAGGCUCUUGCCAAGAUUGCCAGGAAUAUUACUGCGCUUCAUGUUUUGAAAUCCAUGCGCAAUUUAAUAUCACAAGGCAUCAUACACUACUGAACAGUAUUGGUGAUCAGGAAAGCAAUACCGGUGCUAUUGCUGAACCUACAAGACCUUUGGAGUCAUCCGAUGGACUUUUCGUGUCUGACAUGUGUGACAAACAUUCUAACGAACUUUUAAAAUAUUUUUGUAUGGACAGUGAGGAGGUCUUGUGCACAGCGUGUGUAACAACGAAGCAUAGAGCAUGCUCAAACGUUCAGUAUAUACCUGAUGUUGUGAACAGCGAAGAACAUGUCAUGGAGGUUAAUGAUAUUAACAAAAACAUUGGUCAGAUGGUUAAUGAAUUAACUGACUUGAAAGGUGAAAUUGAUAACAAUAAAACAUUGGCACAAUUCUAUGCAUGUAGUGCGAGGGAAGAGCUUGAAAAGGGUAUAGACAUGAUCAAAGGGUAUUUCGAGGACAAGAAGACUAUGUUUGCUGAAAUUGUUCAUGAUAUUGAGAAGAAAAAUGGCGAAAUGAUAUCGAAAGCCAAUUCAUUACAUCGCAGACUGGAUGAAACGCUGCAAUGCCUGAAAGCUUUUCAGACAGACUGCGAUGAUAGAGGCAAACUCGUUCAAAGGUUUAUCGAGGCGAAGAGAAGCCUGAAGAGGAUUGAAAUAUGCAGAGUAGAGAUGGAUAUGUGUCAUAAAGCUAAUAAAAUAACACGGUACCGCUUUAUGCCAUUGACAAAUCUGGAAACUGCUUUCAAGGACAUUGACGUCGGAAAACUCGAGUUCAUGGACGAAAACUGUCCAAGAACAGCAAACCGCACGACUUCUUUGAAUGUGAAAUUGGAGUCCGAAUCCAACAACUGUGGAAUCGCAGAUAUGGCAUUGUUGUCAACCGAUCUGCUUGCAGUGUCUGACAGCUACAACGGCAACAUUAAGCUUCUUGAUGUCGCUAAUGACAUAAUAGUUUCAUCACUUGUCAUGCGGUCUUGUCCUUUGGGCAUUACAAGGAUUAAAGCUGAUCAGUUAGCAGUUGCACUACCCGCUGUUUCCAAUGUCACAAUUAUAUCCAUAUCUGAAGAUGGACAUCUCACAAAAGACAGAGAUCUCCCCUUGCAUAAAUAUUGCAGUGGCCUGCUCUAUGCUAAAGGAAUGCUCUUUGUCGCAUACAGUCAAGUCCGCAGCCAGAUUGAUGAACUGAGUCUCGCUGGUGAUGUUACAAGAACUAUAAGCACUAAUAAAUCACGGAUGCCACUGUUUAGUAGACCAUGCUACAUGACUUUGAGUUUCGACAAAGACUCCUUGUACGUUAGUGACACAGCGAGUUUGACAAUAACCAGUCUGUCAAGCGAGGACACAGUCCGUGUUAAGUGUGAUGGAAAGGGUUGUUCCAAAGUAAGCGAUGUAAGAGGAAUUACAAUUGAUUGCGGAGGAGUAGUUUAUGUAUGCGGGUACAAGAGUAAUACCGUGUGCCAGUUGGUUAAAGACGACAGGAAGAUUAUACCGCUUUUGGAUGCAAGUAAUGACAUUCGCCAACCUCGAUCGUUAGCUUUUUGUGCAAAAACAAACCGCUUGUUUGUUGGGAUGAAUUUUGGAAGUAGGAUUCAAGUUUUUGAUAUCAGGAAUAAAUAAGUGAAUGGGGGGCAGAUUUGACAUGAUGACAUUGACAUUGAGUGUAUACAAGCUAUACUAUUUUUGGACACGUGAAACAGGUAACAAUGGCGCUCAGCGUGUAACAUACGGAAGAUAAUACUCUGAAAUUGAAUUCUUUAUCUAUUUCAGUAUGCAUAAUUCAAACUUGGGAUAUACUUUAGCUUAUCAUUUUUCGAGAUACUCAUUGUGUUGAUUGUUCAGAUCUUUGUUUAAGGUAACAAAGUGAGUAAGGAUAUCGCUGUGUACAUUUUGCCUCCUUGACCGUAAAUAUCGUCCAAAAAACAAAGCAAUACAACACAGGAGUUGAAUUUUAUAAUCUCUUAUGCAAACUUUUUAAAAGAUUAUCAGUUCUAAAGUCAACUCAUACAUCUCCAGCAAGUUAAAAAAAUAAUUUAGAUUUCGGAAACGUGCGAUCCAUGCUCAAAUCAAAAUGUUCCCCCUACUUAAGUAUGUUAUAAAGACACACCCAUUUUGUGCCUCUUCGCUUAAAUUGAAUCAAACCAAAACGUUACAUGUUCUACUCAUUUAAAAACCGCAGUAAAAUUAUAUCAUUUGAUUGGGAAACAUCGAUUAUAAGUAUCGUUUACAUGUAUGGGGGGCGGAUGGAAAAAUUCGACCCGAGGGCACGUGCAAAAACCAGUUACAAGGCUUGCCGAGUUACCGGCUUCGCAGCGUGACCGAGGGUCGGAUUUUUUCACUCGCCCCGAUUACAUGUGAACGACACUAUUUCCUGUUGACCGAAAAUUUAAUUUUUUGUGCAAUUUAGACGUUUUAAAGCUGCACUCUCACAGAUAUACCAUUUUUACAACUUUUUUUUAUUAUUUGUCUCGGAACGAGCCAAUUUUUGCGAAAAUCCCUAGAAA